UUUUCAGAGCCAUCUAACAUCUUGUAUUCACGACAGAAAAUGUCACCUAACCUAUAGUAACAUGAAAAUACUGAGAAAAAUAAUUUCAAAAUGUUGAGUUCAGUAAGAAAUUGUUUAAAAGCAGCGCAUCUGAAAAGUUUCAGGAAUUUUUCUCUGAGUUCAAGUGUAAAUGGAGCAAGAACCUACGAUGGUGAGGGCAAAACUUCAGUGCACAUAUUGAAUAACGACAAUGAAUUAGGUUUAAUGAUAAAUGGUGUUAGCCAGGUGGGUUUCAGAUUGAAUAACAAUAUGACAGUGUUAGGCCCAAUGGCUAUAUUUGCUAGGUCUGUAUUGUCAUGGAACAUCAAUUCAGUUGAUGACAUCACAGAGGAGUCUCUGAGUUUGUUCACAACAUUAGAACCAAAACUGGACAUAAUUGUGAUAGGUAUUGGAGACAAACCAGAUAACUUGAACUUUUACAAGAGGUUGGUCCCCAUACUUAGGAAGCACAGGCUCAGCGUAGAGAUAUUACCCACUGAACAAGCAUGCUCCACAUUCAAUUUCCUAAAUUCAGAGAGCAGGCAUGUGGCUGGUGCUAUGAUUCCUCCAUACACAUUGAGGACGACGGAUGAUGAUACGUUACUUUCAAAGUUGCGUUACCAGAACCUCUAUGAAAUGAAUGAUAUAAAAUUUUUGUAAAUUAAAAUAUAUAUAUUUAUAGGUAAUUGAAAA